UCAUAUGAUGGCUCGAGGACAACAGAAACUUCAGUCGCAAGCUAAGGCUGCUGAGAAAUUAUCCAAAUUAAAAAAACAACAAGGUCACAGUGCAACAGAUCAGAAGAAGGCUGCUCAAAAAGCUCUUGUUCAUGUCUGUGCCAUUUGUAAGGCUCAAAUGCCAGAUCCCAAAACAUACAAACAACAUUUUGAAAACAAGCAUCCUAAAAACGAGCUACCAGAAGACCUGAAGGCGAUUUAAAUGUGAAAUAAAUUAGUUUUCAUCAUGACACCGACAGUUAGUGAAAGAAGAAUAAGAAAGUGUAACUGUUAUAACUCGAUAUAUUUAUCUAUUGGUUCAUAACUGGCAUAUCUACAACUGUAAACGAUAAAUGCAAACAAUCUUUCAUUUAAAUGUAUUAAAUUGAGAAAUCAUUCCAUACACAUUAUUCUUUGGAAUAAUAUUGUUGGUGUCAUGGUGGUGAUCCACAAUUUUUUUUAUUUUGAUUUAGUAUCAGCUUUUUUUAUGUUUAAGAAUACCAAAACUACUGUACUAUUUUACAAUUUGCAUUUGGUUUUACCGUCGAGUUUAUUGUAUGUAUUAACACCGUGUUAAGGUCGAGGCGUCCGCAGACGAUACGAUCGAGCCGCAACGGCAUCUCGACCGCAUCGUCCAGCGCUCUUCAUCUGCAUAUGUGUACGGUAUUAUAUUCAAAAUAUACACGUUAUUUAAUU